UUUGUUUUGAUCGUAUACUACGCCAAAGAUAGGUGUCAUUUUAGUUGUUUUGAAGCCAAAUUGAGCGAGCGAGCUACUUAUAUUUGUCAUUUAACUUUCGAGGUGAGGCUUUAAAAUGUGUUAAAGCGGUAGAACUUGGAAUUUCUUGCAUAUGUGAUGUUGAAAUAGAUAAAUAUUCGUAAUAGAACCUGUGUUGUAUUCGUUUACAAAUUGAAGGUUAGCCGAAUAAUUUUGUUUGCUUAAUCAAAGUAGUAUGUUUAAUUCUGUUUUUCGUGCAUUGCCUACACGGGUGUCACAAUAUUUGACAGCCUCAUAUUUUACAGUUUCGGCGUGGCGUGCAGUUGGCUUUCGAGGAUAUCACAGUCAGACAGACGUAGUGUCAUUUUCAGACAUGCAGGUUCACAUAUUACCAGCUCUUCAGGAUAAUUAUAUGUACCUGAUUGUGGAUGAAGCAACAAAGGAGGCAGCUAUUGUUGAUCCCGUAGCCCCAGAGACAGUUGUUGACGCUGUGAAGAAACACGGUGUCAAACUCACCAUGGUACUAACCACACAUCAUCAUUGGGAUCAUGCAGGUGGAAAUGAGAGCAUUGUAAAGAAGGUCGCAGGAUUGGAAGUGUGUGGAGGAGACGAUCGCAUGGGAGCACUUACACGCAAAGUGGGUCAUGGCGAUGAAUUAAAAAUUGGACAGUUAAACAUACGAUGUCUGUUUACACCAUGUCACACUUCAGGCCAUAUCUGCUAUUUUGUUGAAUCACCGGGCGAUGAUCCAGCAGUGUUUACAGGGGACACCUUGUUUGUUGCUGGUUGUGGGAGAUUUUUUGAAGGAAGCCCUGAUCAGAUGUAUAAAGGUCUUGUGGAAACUCUGGGGAAACUCCCUGAUCAAACAAGAGUGUUUUGUGGGCAUGAAUACACAGUUGGAAACCUGAAGUUUGCCCGUCAUGUAGAGCCGAAUAACAUCGACAUAGAAGAAAAAAUGUCGUGGGCCCAGAACAAGCGAACAAAAAUGGAACCAACAGUACCCUCAACAAUUGGUGAGGAAAAGCGGAUCAAUCCUUUUAUGAGGGUCCAUGAAUCAACGGUACAGCAGCAUGCAGGACAGAAUGAAGCAAUUGCUACAAUGGGAUUCAUCAGGAGAGAAAAGGACAGCUUUAAGGCUUAAAUGUGUUCAUUGAUCCA